GAUUGUAAUAUAUAUUGAAAGGAUUCAUUGAUCGGGUAUAUAAAGAGGUCUUAGAUAGUCGAGUGCAUAAUUUGAUGUGAUUCGCAUAAAGAGUGAAAUAAAAGCAGCGUCAAAUUAUCAAGCAGCAAGAUGAAAGCCGUAUUCUCAGUUGCACUUUUGGUGUGCCUGUUGACGUUUUACGUCCAAGCACAAGAAAUCCAGUGCCCAAAUAGAGGACCAAAAGAUGGAGAGGAGGCCAUUCUCAUCCCUCAUCCCACUAACUGCAAACACUAUUUCGUCUGCGACUAUGGUCACGCGAUUGUGAUGACGUGCCCUGAUGACUUACAUUUCAAUCCUGUUAAAAAAGUUUGCGAUUUUCCAUGGCAAGCUGGAUGCAAAGCUUUUUUGACAAGUUUAUUUGUAAACUAAUGUAAUUGCUUACGACCAUACACCAAUAUGUGAACUGCUAUUAUAUUGAAUUAUUAUUGCAUUGCGUUACUACUACACAUUAUUGCAUUACUACACGGACAGCAUUAUAUUGUAUAUAUUUCACAAUGAAUAAAUUAUUCGUUAUUUAAUAUUA